AUGAUGCAAAAAAGCACCCGAGCCGGCGUUUCCACAUUGUGGAUUACCCACCAAUUCCAGUUGUAGUGGAACUGCAGUUGACCCGGGUCUGUUGCAUACAAAUGUCAGCAUGGCGUUCCAUUGGUGCGACAACAACCUGCAUACCACGGUAUUCACGCCACGCGACUUUCAAGUGGAGCUUCUGGCGUCCGCCUUUGAGCGCAACACCAUCAUCUGCUUGGGCCAUAGAAGCUCUAAGGAGUUUAUAGCACUAAAGCUUUUGCAGGAGCUCUCCAGACCAGGACGUCGGAAUGGUAAGGUGAGCGUGUACUUAAGCUCUCAGAUUGAUGCUGAGGCCACGUCCAUGUACACGAUGCUCACACACCUCACUGAUCUCAAAGUGUGGCAGGAGCAGCCGGAUCAGCAUGUGCCGUCCAAUCAUUGCUGGGCCGACUACCAUGUCAGCAUACACAAACCAAGCACCUUCCUGUCGUUGCUGCAAGCUGGGGAUCUGCUUCUAAGCAGUAUUCAACUUAUUGUGCUGGAGGAUUGUCAUGACAGCUCUGUGUAUCGCAGCAUUUUGCCCAUUUUUGAGGAAUUUAUUCUGCCUGCAGAGCCAUCCGAUAGACCUCGAAUAUUGGGCCUAGCCGGCCCUUUGCAUAGCGCCGACUGCGAAUUGGAGGAACUGAAUGCCAUGCUAGAUACAUUGGAACAGCAAAUGUUGUGUCGCAUUGAGACGGCCAGUGACAUUGUCACGGUGCUGAGGUACUGUGCCAAGCCGCAUGAGUAUAUUGUGCAGUGUGCGCCCUUCGAGAUGGAUCAGCUUUCUCGCGUGAUAGUCGAUAUUCUUACUACACAUAAAUCGUUCUUAGGUGAUCAUCGUUAUGAUCCCUUUGAGAUCUAUGGUACCGAUCAGUUUAUGGAGGACCUAAAGGAUAUUCCGGAUCCGAAGUUGGACCCGAUGAAUGUGCUGGACGGCCUGCUUGCUGUGCUCCAUGAAAUGGGACCCUGGUGCACGCAACGGGCCGCUCUUCAUUUCUACCAACGCAACGAAAAGCUCAAGGUCAAGACUCCACACGAACGCCACUAUUUGCUCUUCUGCCUGGUGAACACAGCGCUUGUAGAAAUCAAUGCCCUCUGCGAGCAAACAUUCCAAAAGCAAGUCAUCGAAGAUCCUCUUGGCACCAUUGAGCGCUACUCAAGCCCUAAGGUGCGACGACUGCUGCGAGUGCUCCGCUGCUUUAAGCCAGCUGAAGCCCACACCCAGACGGAUGGCUUGCGUAGGAUGCGCCACCAGGUGGACCAAGCGGACUUUAAUAAACUAUCUCAUGCUCUGAAAGCCAAGUGUCAAGUGAUUGAACAGCUUGAUGAACAGCAUGGGACUACGCGUUCUAUAGUUAAUCAUCUGCUGCAUCUGAUCCAACCAACAGAUAAGGAACAACCGAAAACAAGUACCGAAGGGGCAGUUCCAGUAACUGCACCACUGCCCACAACAAAAUCCAAAUCCAACGCACAGCCACACACUAGAAGGCGGGCGCACACACGGCGGCACAAUCGGCACCAGCACGAUGCAAGCGAGACCCUUUGCGCACUUAUCUAUUGCAAUGAAAACCACACGGCACGCGUACUGUUCGAACUCCUUGCGGAGUUGAGCAGACGCGACCCGGAUCUCAAGUUCCUGCGCUGCCAGUACACCACGGAUCGCGUGGCUGAUCCCGCGACGGAGCCAAAAGAGGCUGAACAGGAGCACAGGCGGCAAGAAGACGUGCUCAAACGCUUCCGAAUGCACGAUUGCAAUGUGCUAAUUGGCACCUCGGUGCUGGAGGAGGGCAUUGAUGUGCCCAAGUGCAAUCUGGUGGUGCGUUGGGAUCCACCCACUACCUACCGCAGUUAUGUGCAAUGCAAGGGACGAGCGCGAGCCGCACCCGCCUACCACAUAAUGCUUGUGGCACCCAGCUAUGAUCCUACUGCAGCGGCGACUGAUGAUCCAGUGCAGCUAACCGAUCAAAGUCAUCGAUUUAUAUGUGCCACGAUUAGUGAUACUGCUGAGCAGGAGGAGAGUGACUCGGAUGACUCGGCAUUGCCCAAUUCCCUGGCCUCAGAUCCUUAUACUUUCGGCACAGCUCGUGGCACGGUCAAAAUACUUAACCCGGAGGUGUUUAGCAAUCAACCGCCGACCGCAUCUGACAUAAAGCUGCAGGAGAUCCAGGAUGAGGUACCGACAGUGCUGGAUGGCGGCAACUCCAGUGAUGACGCCAUGAGCUUGACCAACACCACGCCCAGUGACAGAUCCGCCGAGCGUAGACCGAAGCAGCGCUUCGAAUGCGAACUCCUCGCAAUGUCCGAUAAUGCCCUGUCCAACGCGGUCAACGUCUCCGUCGCGGCGGACACUCUGACCAGUACUACUCAGGCGCUAGUGCAUCAAAUGGCACAAUAUCGUGAAAUCGAACAGAUGCUGCUAUCGAAGUGCGCUAAUACGGAGCCAGCCGAAGUGGAGCAACAACAAGCAGAGCGCUUCACCAGCUGCCUGGCCGCCUUUCAGCCCAGGCCGGAACUGUCGACGGGCGCCUCUGUAGAUUUGAGUACUGCUAUCGCGCUGGUCAACAAGUAUUGCGCCCGCCUGCCCAGCGAUACCUUCACCAAGCUAACUGCUCUGUGGCGCUGUGCGCGUUCCGUACGACAUGGCGUUAUCCUUUACCAGUACACGUUACGCCUGCCUAUCAAUUCACCACUGAAGCACGACAUUGUUGGUCUUCCAAUGCCAACGCAAACACUGGCACGACGUCUGGCCGCAUUCCAGGCCUGUGUGGAGUUGCAUAAGAUCGGGGAACUGGAUGAUCAGCUGCAACCCAUUGGCAAGGAGGGCUUUCGCGCUCUGGAACCGGACUGGGAGUGCUUCGAACUGGAGCCGGAGGAUGAGCAUAUAGUGCAACAAAACGAUGAACCACGUCCAGGCACCACCAAAAGGCGCCAAUACUAUUAUAAGCGCAUUGCAUCGGAAUUCUGUGAUUGUCGUCCAGUGGCCGGGGCUCCCUGCUAUCUGUACUUUAUUCAGUUAACACUGCAGUGUCCCAUACCCGAGGAGCAAAACACUCGUGGUCGCAAGAUUUAUCCGCCGGAGGAGGCGCGGCAAGGCUUUGGCAUAUUAACACUGAAACGCAUACCUAAGCUGAGCGCUUUUUCCAUAUUUACACGAUCUGGCGAAGUAAAGGUCUCGCUGGAGCUCGCACGCGAGCGAGUUGUGCUAACCGAAGCGCAGAUUAGCUGCAUCAAUGUCUUCCUUAAUUAUACGUUCACAAAUGUGCUACGCCUGCAGAAGUUCCUCAUGCUCUUCGAUCCGGAUUCAACAGAAAAUUGUGUGUUCAUUGUGCCAACGGUAAGAACGGAGCAGGACAGCCGACUUAUAGAUUGGCAAUUUCUGGAGCUGAUACAAGCAACUGGGAACCUGAUGCCUCAGCCAGUGCCGGAUGGAGAACGGCAAGCGCAGCCCUUUGAGGCUCAACGUUUUCAAGAUGCUGUCGUCAUGCCCUGGUACCGAAACCAGGAUCAACCGCAGUACUUCUAUGUUGCAGAGAUCUGUCCUCAUUUAUCGCCGCUCAGCUGCUUUCCGGGCGACAAUUAUCGCACCUUCAAGCAUUAUUAUCUGGUUAAAUAUGGUCUCACCAUACAGAAUGCGGCACAGCCGCUGCUCGACGUGGAUCACACGAGUGCGCGUUUAAAUUUUCUAACGCCACGUUACGUAAAUCGUAAGGGCGUGGCACUGCCAACCAGUUCGGAGGAAACGAAGCGUGCCAAGCGGGAAAAUCUUGAACAGAAGCAGAUUCUAGUGCCUGAACUGUGCACAGUACAUCCGUUUCCGGCGUCCCUAUGGCGCACGGCAGUUUGCCUACCCUGUAUCCUAUACCGCAUCAACGGUCUGCUGCUGGCAGACGAUAUUCGGAAACAGGUCUCUGCCGAUCUUGGCCUGGGGCGACAACAGAUUGACGAUGAGCAAUUUGAGUGGCCCAUGCUAGACUUUGGCUGGAGCCUGUCAGAGGUGUUGAAAAAAUCACGCGAAUCUAAGCAAAAGCCGGACAGCAUGGAGGCUAUCAACAAAGCCGUUGAUGAUUCUGCGCAACAGACGGUGGCUGAGCCGAGCAUUGAGAAGGCCACCAAGAGCGCUAAUGAGCUAGUUAUUGAAGGCGAAGAACAAUUGGGCAAUACGGAUGACUUCAUCGAGAUUGGCACCUGGUCCAAUGACAUGGCUGAUGACAUUGCCAGUUACUCAGAUGGCGAUGAGGAUGAGGAGGAUGAGGACUUUCUGCCUGUGCUACCCGCGAAUGUGAAGUUCUGCGACCAACAGACGCGCUACGGCUCGCCCACUUUCUGGGAUGUGAGCAAGAGCAGCGGAUUUAAUCAGUCAGCAGCGCCUGGACGGAAGCGAACAGGAAAGCCGAAUGGUGGGUCUGGAAUUGGCAAUGCUGCAAAAGAAGAGGGAAAACCCAAUUACGCCUUCUACGACUCGGACAACUCACUUAGCUCUAGCUAUGAUGAUGAGGAGCAUGUGGGACCGAUUUACCAAUACACCUCGGAAGAUGAUGAUACGGAUGACAUCGUUGCCGGUCGCAUUGAGUUCACCUCAAAGAACGAGGCGGAGACCAUCGAAACAGCGCAAGAGAUGGAAAAGCGCCAGAAGCAGCUGUCCAUUAUACAAGCCACCAAUGCCAACGAACGCCAAUACCAGCAGACAAAGAAUCUUCUCAUCGGCUACAAUUUCGAGCAGGCAGAGCACAGAAGCAGUAUCAACUACGAACAGUCCAUUGUGCGCUUCAAAUCAGAGAUUGAGAGCUGCGGCAUGUUGGUACCACACGGCGAAGAACUGGUGCUACAGCGCACUGAAGUUAGCGCAACGAAAGCUGACAAGGAUGGGUCAACUUUGCAGCUGGAACUGCUAAAAGAGUUUUUGCCAUACGUGCCGGAGGAGGAAAUGCUGGCCAAGCUCGCCAGCAAACCGUCACUUCAGCUCUCCGACUUGGUUGAGCUAAACACAACGUGGCUGCAGCAGCACAAGCAUGAAAUUUACAACGUAAUGGGCUGUGGCGAUAGCUUUGAUAACUACAACGAUCACCACCGACUGAACUUAGACAAUAAACAGCUUAGACUGGAGUAUCAACAAGAGUUGGUAAGAAAUUCGGAUUGCACUGCACAUCGAACUGCAAAGCAAAUAACGGGCAGGCCUGAGGGCGCCUUCAGAUUUGAUCAUCAGCCGGAGCUAGUGGGACAUCCUGGACCAAGCCCUAGCAUCAUUUUGCAGGCUCUCACAAUGUCCAAUGCCAACGAUGGCAUCAAUCUGGAGCGCCUGGAGACAAUAGGUGAUUCGUUCCUUAAAUACGCCAUCACCACAUACCUGUACAUCACCUAUGAGAAUGUGCACGAGGGCAAGCUAAGCCAUCUGCGCUCCAAACAGGUGGCCAAUCUCAAUCUGUAUCGGCUGGGGCGACGCAAGCGACUGGGCGAGUAUAUGAUUGCCACAAAAUUUGAGCCGCAUGACAAUUGGCUGCCGCCGUGCUACUAUGUGCCCAAGGAGUUAGAGAAGGCGUUGAUUGAGGCUAAAAUACCAACGCAGCAUUGGAAACUGGUCGAUCUGCUGGAUAUCAAGAAUUUAAGCAGCGUGCAAAUCUGCGAGAUGGUGCGUGAAAAGGCUGAGUCGUUGGGUCUGGCCGGCAACGUGGACCAACCCGCAGCUGCGCAACAGCUGGCACAGAACGCAAACCUAGACGACUCCAACGAGACGACCGAUUUCAGUUGCUUCAUUCCGUACAAUCUGGUUUCGCAGCACAGCAUACCAGACAAAUCCAUAGCCGAUUGUGUGGAGGCGCUUAUUGGCGCCUAUCUAAUCGAGUGUGGGCCGCGCGGAGCGCUACUCUUCAUGGCUUGGCUGGGAGUCCGUGUGCUGCCCUACAAAGUGAAGCCAACAGCAGCAGCCAUUGACCAACGUUUGCCAGGCAGCACCAAGCCAGAUGCGAACAACAUGAUAACAGUAUAUGGGGAUUGGCCAACGCCGCGCAGUCCGCUUCUGCAUUUUGCACCCAAUGCUAACGCCGAGCUGGAGCACUUGCUAAGUGGGUUUGAGGAGUUCGAGACCAACCUAGGCUAUACAUUUAGCGAUCGUUCCUAUUUACUGCAGGCCAUGACGCAUGCCAGUUACACGCCCAACCGUCUGACUGAUUGCUAUCAGCGUCUCGAAUUUCUGGGCGAUGCCGUAUUGGACUAUUUGAUAACACGACAUCUAUAUGAAGAUCCACGCCAACACUCGCCAGGUGCUUUAACCGAUCUGCGAUCGGCGCUAGUGAAUAAUACGAUAUUCGCGUCAUUGGCCGUGCGGCAUGGCUUCCAUAAGUAUUUUCGCCAUCUGUCACCUGGACUAAACGAUGUCAUCGAUCGCUUUGUGCGCAUUCAGCAGGAAAAUGGACAUAGCAUAAGUGAAGAGUACUAUUUGCUUUCUGAGGAGGAGUGCGAUGAUGCUGAGGAUGUUGAGGUACCCAAGGCUUUAGGUGAUGUAUUCGAAUCAAUUGCCGGUGCCAUUUUUCUCGACUCGAAUAUGUCGCUAGAUGUGGUGUGGCAGGUCUAUAGCAAUAUGAUGAAGCCCGAGAUCGAGCAAUUUAGCAAUUCUGUGCCAAAAUCACCCAUACGAGAGCUGCUCGAACUGGAACCGGAGACGGCCAAGUUCGGAAAGCCCGAGAAGUUGGCCGAUGGUCGUCGCGUACGCGUCACUGUUGAUGUCUUCUGCAAGGGCACAUUCCGUGGCAUUGGACGCAACUACCGGAUAGCCAAAUGUACAGCUGCCAAAUGUGCACUGCGACAGCUGAAGAAGCAGGGCCUGAUAGCCAAAAAAGACUAGAGAUAUGGCGCUGUGUUGUGAAUAACUUUAGUUAUAGGUACCCACAAUGUACAUAUAUACUGCAUAAAUGCUCCAAUAAUAAUAAUAAUAAUAAUAUUUUAAAUAAAAAAUGCUGCAAAAUUGCAAAA